AUGGCUCCUAGAGCAAAUUCCACCAUCCCCGUCUAUUUCUUCAUGAUUAUUCUUCAAACCAAUCUUCAAACUAUAGUAACCAUUCCUUUUAACUUGCUGCUACCGUCUCCUACUUUUGUUAUAUCUAAAAUACCAAGUAAGUUUACAAGGAGUCACGGAGCUGGUCUCCCAAAUCCAGUGUUGAUCAAGCCUCCUGAUGGCACUAAAUGGAAAGUGUUUUGGAAAAAUAUCAAUGGUGAGAUUUGGUUUCAAAAAGGUUGGAAAAUUUUUUCUCAAAAUUACUCUCUACAACAUGGUUGUUUUGUAAUCUUUAAAUAUAAAGAAGGAACUUCAGAGUUAGAUGUGCUAAUACUUGGCCAGAAUGCACUAGAAAUUGACUACGAUUUAUCACGUCACACUUCUGAUGAUGAAUAUGGAAACCUUGACCAUAGUGAUGAUGAAUCAGUUGAGACUUUGAAUGUUGAUGAUAGUGAUGAUGAAUCAAUUGAGAUUCUGAAUGAAUGGCAUAAUGAGAAGAAGCCUAGACAGCGAUCAACAUUAGCUUCUCGUAGACCACAUAAAAAAGUUAGAGGUGAGAUUGAGAAGAAUAGUCAAAGAAGUACAUCAUUGAAUAGGCCAAGGGAAUAUAGAGCUCGGGAAGUUGCCGAAGAAUUUAUCUCACGCAAUCCCUUUUUCACAAUUUCGAUCAAUCCUGCUAAUCUGGUAGCAAAUGUACUGACAGUACCAAUUUUAAAAGGAGUUAUUGAGAACGAGAAUACGAAUGUGAUGUUGCAGAUUGGUAAAAGAUCAUGGAAUCUGAAAUUGCUUCGAUGUUACAAUGAUAGAGCUAAGCGUCGCUUUUCGGUUGGUUGGUGCGCGUUUGCCAAGGAAACUGGAGUGCAACCAGGAGAUGUUUGUGUGUUUGAACUGAUAAACAAGAAAGAUUUAGUUUUUAAAGUUCAUGUUUUUUAAAACGUCUGUUGUUAAUGUAUCUGUUGGAAAUUGGUAUUUUGAGUGAUGGUAACUUUAGUUGAGUAACAAUGUUUGUGAAGUGUAGU